CCAACCCCUCUUUGUGUCCCCUUGGUGGUGUCGCUGCGUCGUCGGUUUCGCUUCUUGUGGUCCCAUCCCCAAACCUACAAACUUCCGAUCCCUUCGUCCGGUGCCGAAAUCUCCUCCCCUUGUCGUCACCCUUCUUCCCUUCAUUUUUCUGUUGAACGUGGAAUUCUUGCAUUUUGUCCACAAGAGCGUCGGUGCCCUUGUACCAUUAGCGACCAUGCUUUCUUCCCGUGUUUUGCGACCGGGGUCCGCCUUGCUGCGACCUUUCACCACCUCUGCCACUGCCUACCGAUCCCCCUCCAUUCGUGACAUCACCCCCGAGUCGGCGGAAGAGUUUACUGCGCGCCAGAAGGAGUUCCGUGAGAAUUUGGAGUCGGCGCGCAAGAGGAGAGAACAGCAAGAGAGUCAGUCUGUCGAUGCUUCUGUUUCCACUUCAUCCCCUGUUUCCCGUGAUCGCCUCCGAGAUGAGCACCACCGCGAUCAGUCCCCCAAGCGGGGUCCCCUGUCCUCGCUCAUCUACGGCACUAAAGAAGGCCAGCAACUCGACCAGGAUAUCGAGCGUUCCUUUUCGCAAGUCCUCGCCCGCGGCAAAUACGUCCAUUCCAUCGUCUUCCACGAAGUCCAACCCGACAAGGUCGACGAAUACGUGGACCUGGUCGGGCAGUGGUAUCCCCGCAUGGCGGGCACCGAGGAGAACCGGGUGAAUCUGGUGGGAAGCUGGCGGACCCAAGUCGGGGACAACGACACAUUCGUCCACAUCUGGGAAUACCAGCGAUACGAAGGCUACCACGCCUCCCUUCACAACAUCUCCGAACAACCCGGGUUCUCCGAAUUCGACCACAAGCUGAAGAGCUUGAUCAAGAGCAAGAAGACGUCUUUGAUGCAAGAGUUCUCGUUCUGGCCGACCACGCCGCCCCGCAAAUUGGGCGGUCUAUUCGAACUGCGAUCCUACACCCUUCACCCGGGCAACCUGCUGGAGUGGGAGACCCACUGGCGUCGGGGCCUCAAGGCCCGUCGCGAGGUGAUGGAGGGGGUCGGCGCAUGGUUCGUCCAGAUCGGUGACUUGAACACCGUGCACCACCUGUGGCAGUUUGCGAACCUGGAGGAGCGCAAGGUCCGCCGCGAGCAAUCGUGGGGCAUCGAAGGUUGGGCCGAAACUGUGCACAAGACGGUCCCUCUCAUCCAGACCAUGCAGAGUCGCAUUCUGAUUCCCAUGCCCUGGAGUCCUGUCGGCUAAAGAUAUUGCUUCUAUCUUACCACCGGAGGACGUCUACGAUACGAAAUUUGCUCCCACGCCUGCAUUAUGACCCACUUGGCCCAAUCCGCUCGACCCGAGGUCCUGAGGAAGUUGGUUGGGCAGAGGCCAAGGAAAGACAUCGGACGGUGAACGGUUUGGGGGACAUGACUGGUGCGUUACUUCUUGUUCUACUGGAGUGAACAGAGAUCUGCGAGGUUUGAGAGAAGUCCGGGGAACAGUUUGGUCGACCCUCGGGCGCUAUCGCCCACUAAGCCGUACCGAUAUUAGUGUGUCCAAUAUUAGCAGCAUUAUCGGAGUGAUUAUCAUGCAUAUUCCAUAUAUAUUCUUUUUUCUUUGAAGUUAUUGAUCUAUUGAGCUAGUCUAGUGGCC